CUUAUGCUUAAUAUUUUCUAGAAUUACACAAGAUGAGGGUCAAGAACUCUAAGAUGAAUCAUGACAUCGAAUGUUUGAAGAUAGAAAAUUGGCGCCUUAGCAAGCAAUUGGAGGACAGUAAAGCCCUAAAUGAUCAACAGGAGAAGAACUUCAUAGAAGAGAUUCAGAAAAGUUUAAAAGACAUGUUCAGAGGUCGAUCUCAACUUGGAAUCAAGCGAAUGGGAGAGUUAGAUCCCAAACCUUUUCAAACUUUUUGCUCGCAGAAGUACUCAUGUGAACAGUGGCAGGAUAUAUCUGCUAAGUUAUGUUCAUCAUGGGAAGAGAAUCUGAAGGAUUCAGCUUGGCAUCCUUUCAAAACAAUUGAGGUCAAUGUCAUUCCACAGGUAGUAUUUGAUGAAAAUGACGAAAAACUGAAAGGAUUGAAGAAUGAGUGUGGUGAAGUAGUAUACAAGGCUGUGGAAAAUGCACUGAUGGAAAUGGAAGAAUACAAUUCAAGUGGAAGAUAUGCAAUCCUUGAAAUUUGGAACUGGAAGGAGGGAAGGAAAGCAACUUUGAAAGAAAUUAUCCAAUUUAUUAUCAGGAAAUUGAAGAUUCACAAGUUAAGAGAAAGUAUUAGAACUUCUUCUCUCAGGCCUUCUAAAAAGAGUGGCAGAAGCAGAACACGGGUGAAAGAAAAGAUGUAUCGAAUGCAUAGAAGAUCAGAAGAAAGAAUUUUUGUUAGACAUGAGAACCUUUUUUUUUCUGAUAAAAUCCAUCUGUAUAGUUUGCUGCUUUCGAAAUCAAACUUGCUGUUAAAUUUACUUGUCUAUAAAUAUGUAAAUACUAACAGAUAGGUUUCAAAACUCAAAACUCUCCCCAUGGCCAUGAAGUUGUAACACUUGGUGAGUUGGUUGUAGUUGAUAACUAACAUUUUCAAAUA